AAAUUUAAGGAUCACAAAUGUUACGUCCAGUGAAGAAUGAAAAACACAGUUACAUAUUUUUAAAGGACGAGAAGCAAUUGAAUUACUAUUCGCAGAUUGAACUUUUUUAUUUUUUUUACAAAACUGUAUUAAUGUUUUUGUGAUCUUUUAAUAGUCUCACAAGUGCUCAAAUGAAUAAUUUGUCUAAAUUCUUGUCAGAUAACUAAACAUUAGGUAAGCUUAAUUAAAACCACAGCCAUUUACUGUCCUUAACAUUUACGAUAAAGAGGCCUUUUUCUUUAUACUUUGUCCAUACAAAACCAUUUUUAUGAAGUUUUUUUUAAAUGGCAAAAAACAAUGAGGUGUUCCUCUCAUUCCUCCCAGCCUGUUUGUAUCUUAGACUUGAUUUCUGAAACUUGCGCUGCAGAUACUUUACAGUUAAAUCCAAAGCUAAUAUUUUUCAACAGACAUGUAAAGUUUCAUGAUUCUCCCGAAAUGUUUUUAUCUCCAAAAAACCCAUCCAGCUUGUGUAAUAUCGGCUGAAGCCUCUGGUUAGCUUCAGCUUUAUGACACUUCAUAAGUCCGUACUGGCUCGGUCGAUCUCUCACGUGUCCUCAGGCUGCCUGAAAACCGCUACUCCCUUAAACAGAAAGGGAUGUUUCGCUUUGUGUGUGCGUGUGUCUGCAUUUGCUCAUCUGUUGUGUAUAAAACGCUUAGACUGGAAUGUCUUCACCUGCAGCUGCUCUGCAGUCGGCUCGAAUGUUUUUACCGAGAGUCGGUUAUUAUUGUACAACAUGCAGACGCUCAGAAGAGACACUCUGCAGUUUGCUGUCCGAUCCAAACUUAAAAGGCACGUGGGUCAAAGAAUGAAAUGAAUGAAACAGUCACGUGAGUGGAAAUGUCUCUGGAUGGGGCCCUAGAAUUUAUAACAAAGUCUCUGUACAAAAGGACUAAAAAGAAAUGCAAAAGACUGUUUGCAGCAGAAAACACUGAAGUUCUGCAAACUGGGUCUGAUCAGUGCAACUCAAACUGGCAUCUUCUGCCACAUGACGCAGCCGAUGCUUUGGAUCAAGUGUUUUCCCCAAACUUUCCUGUUGCAGUUUGUGUAGCUGCAUGUCUUGUGCCUCCUAUUUCAGACCAUCUUGUUACCAGCUCUGCUGGCUGUAAUCUGACCCUCUGCGUCAGAUUACAGCCGCAGAUAACACAAACCAUUCAGUGUGCAGACGCAGGAUAGAUUUCGUUUUGCCAACCAAAACUGAUUCUAGCCUUAAAACGCAGUCUGAACACUCAGCCGGGACAUUGAAGGGGUGAGGAUUGGGCAGAAUCGUCCCCGCCGUGUUGAUUGUUGCGGUCCUCGCGAUGUAGCGCACGUAAAAACAAACGUGAACACACACCUGUUCAUUUUCUCAUCUCUGCACACGAGGAGUAAAUAAACGUCGCCUGUGGCAGCUGCAGCUCAAAGUGAACUCACACACCUUCACAGCAGCUAUUCUAGCCUCCCUCCUAUUAAUAAAUGAUGACACACACACACACACACCUGGCCAUACUCAGGUGUUGGAUAACGUACCCACCUGAUCAGCUGGGGUCAGGUCUGAAGGAUUAACGCUGUCGUCUCCUCACCAUUUCCCGCAGGUCUGCAGAGGACGUGGACUCGACCAACUCCUCCUCAGGAAGACAAACAACAGAUCUUGAAGAACACAAGAGAAGAAAGAGGCCUGACGAGGAGACUCGUGAUGGGAGUGUAAAAAGGUCACAAGCCCACUUCCACAGGUGAAACCCAGGUGUGGCGAUGGCGGCGUGGCUCGGCCGCUUGCCGCUUGGCGAUGCUUGGUACAACGUGCACUCCCGCCUGCUGCGAACCAAACCCGUGGGCUCGAUGGCUCACGGCCCCGAUGACCUCACCGAGCUCGGGGAGGGGUCGGCGGUCGGGCUGGCCAAGGUCCUGACCACCGUGGACCUGGUGUCGCUCGGGGUGGGCAGCUGCGUCGGCACGGGGAUGUACGUGGUGGCCGGGCUGGUCGCCAAGACGAUGGCCGGGCCCGGCGUCAUCCUGUCUUUCAUUGUUGCGGCCGUGGCGUCCAUCCUCUCAGGCGUGUGCUACGCAGAGUUUGGUGUCCGGGUCCCGAAGACGACCGGCUCCGCCUACACCUACAGCUACGUGACGGUCGGGGAGUUUGUGGCAUUUUUCAUCGGUUGGAACCUGAUCCUGGAGUACCUGAUAGGCACAGCGGCGGGAGCGUCGGCUCUGAGCAGCAUGUUUGACUCUCUGGCCAAUCACAGCAUCAGCGACUACAUGAUAACACAUCUGGGCACGCUCAGAGGACUCGGUAAAGGCGAGGACACGUACCCCGACCUGCUGGCCCUGUUCAUCGCCCUGCUGGUCACGGGCGUCGUCGCCCUCGGCGUGCGUAACUCUGUGGGCUUCAACAACGUCCUCAACGUGGUCAACCUGGCGGCCUGGGUCUUCAUGAUCGUCGCCGGACUCUUCUUCCUCUCCCCCGGCAAUUGGGGGGGCGGCGAGUUCCUCCCGUACGGCUGGUCAGGGGUGAUGCAAGGUGCGGCCACCUGCUUCUACGCCUUCAUUGGCUUCGACAUCAUCGCAACGACGGGGGAGGAGGCGAAAAACCCCAACACCUCCAUCCCGUACGCCAUCACGGCCUCGCUGGUCGCCUGCCUCACGGCCUACGUGUCGGUGAGCGUGAUCCUGACCCUCAUGGUGCCCUACGACCUGAUCGACGGCUCGGCGCCCCUCAUGGAGAUGUUCGCCGUGCACGGCUUCCUGUGGGGGAAAUACGUCGUGGCCGUGGGCUCCAUAGCCGGACUCACGGUCUCCCUGCUGGGGUCUUUGUUCCCCAUGCCCAGGGUCAUCUACGCCAUGUCCCGGGACGGCCUGCUCUUCGGGUUCCUGUCCCAUGUGUCGGCGUUCACGCACACUCCCGCGGUGGCGUGCGCCGUGUCGGGGAGCCUGGCGGCGCUGCUGGCUCUGCUGGUGAGCCUCCGGGACCUGAUCGAGAUGAUGUCCAUCGGCACGCUGCUGGCCUACACCCUGGUGAGCGUGUGCGUGCUGCUGCUCCGCUACCAGCCCGACGAAGAGGGCGACGCCCACAAGCCCGACCCCGGAGAGGGCGGGGUCGGCGAGGACUGGGUCGGCGAGGACGGGGUCGCCCCAACCAAAGAUGACCAGGGGCUGAUCGGAGGCCCGGAUGGCGACGGGUCGGCGUCCUACCACGCCGGCGGGGCCGAGGGAGAUGGGGGCGGCGCCGAGUUCCACACCGGCCGCGCCUCGCUGCUGAAAAGGUUUCUGGGGGGUCACUACUACACCUUGCGGCUGCGGCUGGCGUUGCCUGACGCGUCGGCCCGGCCCACGCCGGCCACCGGCCGCACGGUGACCCGCUGCACCGUCCUCUUCUUCCUCACGUCCUUCCUCCUCUGGUCAACCGUCAUAUUCGGCGUGGAGCAGGGGGCCGGGAUCGGGGCGGCGUUUUCCGGCCUCACCGCCACGCUGAUGGCGGGUUCCUUGGCGAAGCUUUUGGUCACGAUCGUCCAGCAGCCGGAGAGCGGCAGGAAGCUGCCGUACAUGGCGCCCUGUGUGCCCUUCGUCCCUGCGACGGCCAUAUUGGCCAACAGCUAUCUCAUGCUGAAGCUGUCUGCACUCACCUGGGCCAGAUUCACCGUCUGGUGCUUCAUAGGCCUGAUGAUCUACGCCUGUUACGGAGUGUGGCACAGCACGCUGGAGCUGAACGCCCGGGAGCAGCAGGCGCACGCCAGCUCCUACCAGCGCUACGACGACCACCUGGACGACGACGACGAAGGCGGCGGCGGCGGCGGCGAGAGGCCCUACCAGGGCUGGUCCGCCCCGGAGGAGAGGGGACACCAGCAGAAGCAGGAGGAGGACACGUACGAAGGCGGAGAGCAGUACGAGCAUGACGGCGAGCAGCGUGGAUAUCAGUCCGGAUCGAGGGGUCAGUCCGCCGGCAAGUCCAGCGGAAGGACCAACCACGGCUUUGAUGUGGAUGAAGAAGAAGAAGAAGACUGAGCGGAGGUCGCUUCCUCCAGAAAGGACGAGUUUUGAAAAAGUGGCGUCGACACAAGACACUAAAUCUAAGAUUUUAUUUUUAACGGUCACCAAAAGAGGACAGGAUGGACGCCUCCCAUCGCAGCGCCCUGAAUGAGCACCGACAUCCUGGUUCCACAGACAGAAGUAGGCUCAGUCAUGGCGACAUCUCCCGCUGGUUUGUGGACGGACAUUUUCAAGCCUUUAACUCAACCAUCUUGCUGGAGCCAUUUUGGAUUGUGGCCGUCACCAUGUUGUUUGUUUUCGCAACAAAUCAAGGGAAGUUACCAUAUUUGGAUGCGUGGUACCUGUCAAUCAGAAUGUACCACAGCAUAAAGCAUACCGUGCUACAUUGUUGCUUUAUGUCCCAAGCUUGAAUCGGUAUUAUAUCUAGUGACCAGCAGGGGGCGACUCCUCUGUACCCAUAGACGUCUAUGAGGAAAAAACUUUCUGGAUUUAUUCCCUCACUAAACUUUGUAAACAUGAGUUUCGUCUCAAUCUCUAGUUUCAAG